AUGGCCAUAAACCCGCUAUGGAAACAUCUCUGCGGGCUGCAGAGUGAGCUCCGUGCGUGUAACAGGGCUGUUUCACAGCAGGAGGAGCACUCUCAUGUUCAGGCUGGGCGGAAGAUGGCAAAGGUGCUGAUGGGAAAAUUAGGAAGAAAACUGCCAAUUCCCAAACUAGAAGAUACAGUUAGAAGAUACCUAAAUGCCCAGAAACCACUUUUAAAUGAUGACCAAUUCAGGAAAACUGAAGAACUUGCUCAUCACUUUGAAAAGGGGAUUGGCCGAGAGCUGCAUGAGCAACUGGUUGCACAAGACAGUCAGAACAAGCAUACCAGUUACAUCACAGGUCCCUGGUUUGACAUGUACCUAAAAGCACGUGAACCUGUUGUUUUGAAUUUUAAUCCAUUUAUGUCUUUUAAUCCUGACCCCAAAUCUGAAUAUAACGAUCAGCUCAUACGAGCUACGAACAUGACUGUUUCUGCUGUACGUUUUAUGAACACUUUCAGGGCUGGUCUUCUUGAACCAGAGGUUUUUCACCUCAAUCCGGAAAAAAGUGACACUCAGAUGUUUAAGAACAUUAUCCGAUUUGUGCCUUCUUCACUCUCUUGGUUUGGUGCCUACAUGGUCAAUGCAUACCCCCUGGAUAUGUCGCAGUACUUCAGGCUUUUCAAUUCUACGCGGCUGCCGAAGCUCAACAGAGACGAGCUCUACACAGAUGAAAAGGCAAAACAUUUAUUAGUACUGAGAAAUGGGCAUUUUUAUGUGUUUGAUGUUAUUGAUAGAGAUGGAAAUAUGCUGAAACCUUCAGAAAUACAAGCACACUUUAAAUACAUCCUUAAUGACAACAGUCCAGCCCCAGCCUUCCCUCUUGGCUACCUCUCCAGUGAAAACCGAGAUACAUGGGCAUUGCUGAGAAAGAAUCUACUGGAUAAUGGCAACGAGGAAGCUCUUCAGAAAGUAGACUCUGCUGUGUUCUGUAUAAGUUUAGAUGAUUUUCCCAUUAAAGACUUUGUGCACCUGUCCCACACUAUGUUGCAUGGAGAUGGUGCUAACCGCUGGUUUGACAAGUCCUUUACUCUUAUCAUAGCUAAGGAUGGCACUGCAGGAAUUAAUUUUGAACAUUCCUGGGGGGAUGGCGUGGCUGUGCUCAGGUUCCAGAAUGAGAUUUUUAAAGACAGCACCACGGCACCAGCCAUCAGCCCCCAGUCCCAGCCUGCUUCCAUAGACUCUUCUAGAGCAGUGCAGAAACUCGAAUUUAAGCUGAAUGAUGCCUUAAAAGCAGGAAUUACCCAAGCCAAACAGAAAUUUGAUGCCACUGUAGAAUCACUGUCUCUUAAUCUGAUUCAAUUCCAUGAAGGGGGCAAGGACCUUCUAAAGAAGAAGAAGGUAAGCCCAGAUUCUGUGGCUCAGCUUGCCUUCCAGAUGGCUUUCCUUCGACAGUACAAUCAGACUGUUGCUACAUAUGAGUCUUGUAGUACAGCUGCUUUCAAACACGGUCGUACAGAAACUAUACGUCCUGCUACUGUCCACACAAAGAAAUGUUCAGAGGCUUUUGUCAGGGAACUGUCCAAACAUAGCACAGAAGAGCUUCAGAAGCUGAUAUUGGAGUGCUCAAAAUACCAUGGCAAAUUGACAAAAGAAGCUGCUAUGGGUCAAGGGUUUGACCGACACCUCUUUGGCUUGCGCUAUUUAGCCUUAUCCAAAGGUCUUGCAGUGCCUGACUUCUACCAAGACCAAGCCUACGCUCGGCUGAAUCACAACAUCAUUUCUACGAGCACCUUGGCUAGCCCAGCAGUGCAGCUAGGGGGGUUUGGCCCCGUGGUGUCCGAUGGCUUUGGAGUGGGGUAUCAGGUACAUGAUGACUGGAUAGGUUGUAAUGUUUCCUCUUACCCAGCUAGGAAUGGUAAAGAGUUCCUUCAGUGCAUAUACAAGUCACUAGAAGAUAUCUUUAACGUUUUAAAGGGCAAGAAAAUUGGUAGUUAG